AUGACCACAUCCACCGGGUCAGCGCACGCCUCGGACGCUUUUCCGAGCACGGAGAGCAUCCUCCAAGAGCUCGGUAAGCAAAUCGGUCUCGACACCUCGGCUCAUACUGCUACAAUCAAUGGGCAUGAUCCUGUGGUGCCUUCCACUCACCGCAUUGGCGACGCCUGCGCGGCCGCUCUAGCCUUGGCGGGCAUUGCUGUAUCCCAAGUGGCCCAUUCGCGCGGCUCGGCGCUAGACAAGGUCAGUGUCUCGGUUGACGAGGCCAUCAUGCAGCUCACUGCCGCCUUCUAUACUAAGCUCAACGGCGUGAACCUUCUCCGCCUGUUCGAGGAUCCUAAGCUCUUCCAUAACAGCGACUUUUAUCCCACAAAGGAUGGCCGCCAUGUGUUCCUGCUGCUCACUUAUCCGCGCCUCCGCGACGCCGCGUGUCAGGUGCUCCAGUGCCCUCCUGAAAAGAAGGAUUAUGCCAAGAACAUUGCUCAAUGGAAUGCAUUUGAGCUCGAAGAUGCCAUCAACCAGUCGCAUGGCUGUGCUAUUGCGCUGCGCACACGUCAAGAGUGGCGCGAGCACCCGCAAGGCAAGGCGCUUCUGCAGCAGGAACUCAUUUCAGUCACUAAAAUCGACGAGAGUGAGCCAAUUCCACUCACCCCCUUGUCGCAGCCCGAUCCAGAAAAGGACAACGCCUCGCUGCCUCUCGAGCACAUCCGCUUGCUAGACAACGGUCAUGUGAUUGCUGCGCCCAUCGUCAGCCGUCUGGCUGCCGAGUUUGGUGCCGAUGUGCUCCACAUGUCCUCGCCAGACUAUCCCGACUCGGCCGCUAUGCUUAACGAGACUGGUCUGGGCAAGCUCAAUGCCUUCUGCGAUCUCAACGAAGAAGAGGGGCGCAAAGCAUUUGCAGACGUCAUCUCCGACGCCGAUAUUUACGUAUGCAACUAUCGUUCCCUUGAGCUCAAGGGCUACUCGGCCAAGGAUCUGGCAAAACUCAAACCCGGCAUCAUUUUCGUUGACAUCACCGGCUGGGGGCGCAUCGGGCCCUGGGCCACCCGCGGCGGAUUUGAUCAGCUGGCUUGUACCGCUACCGGGUUCUCUGCUGAAGAAGGCGGCUUUGCCUCUCCUCGCUUACCCCCCACUUACCUGCUAAACGAUUAUCUGGCAGGCAUCUUGGGCUUUGCCGGUGCACUGAGCGCCCUUUUGCGCCGCGCCAAGGAAGGUGGCAGCUACGUAGUCAGUCUCAACCUCGCCAGCGUCGUCAUGUGGGUGCAGGAUCUCGGAUCGUUUGACACUAAAGAGGUGGAGCAUCUCUCACCUAUCGACCACAACGCUGCUUCCGAUAAACUCAGCUCCAUCUCGGGUCCAAACGGCAAUACCACCUAUCUUGGUGUCCGUAUCGGCUUCGAGCAUAUCAGGCCCCACUUCAAACGCGGUGCUCAACCCGCCGGUGCUGUACCAUUUUCUUGGAACCAGUUCCGUACCUCGUAG